GGUCGCUGCAGCCGCUCGAAUGUGACGUGGAGUUCUGUGUUACUAGUCGUCAGUUAGACGGUGGAGCAGUUAGCGACGAUGGCCGAGGUGGACUACUACGAGACGCUGGGUAUCCAGAAGACUGCCACGGAGGAAGAGAUCAAGCGCGCCUACCGCAAGAUGGCCAUCCGCUACCACCCAGACAAGAAUCUGGACAAUAAAGAGGAGGCUGAGAUCAAAUUUAAGGAGAUCGGAGAGGCGUAUUCGGUGCUCUCUGAUGCAGAUAAGCGACGUCAGUACGACCGCUUCGGGAAGGCUGGCGUGGGUGGCGCUGCAGGAGGCGGUGGCCCCGGCAUGCACCCGUUCCAGGGCCAAGAUGCCGAGGAGAUCUUCCGUACGUUCUUUGGUGGCCAGGAUCCGUUCUCCAUGUUCUUCCAGGAAGGGAUGCGUGGUGGUGGCAUGCACAACUUCGGGGGAUCUCGCGUGCACGUAUCGCAGUUUGGACCCGGAUUUACGUUCACGUCGUUCGGUGGAGCUCCGGGGAUGGGAAUGGGGAUGCCAGGCAUGCGUAUGCACCGUGUGAAUCAGCGACAACGGUGAGAUACCAAUGGGCUUUGGGACUGGGGACAAAAAAAUUGUGCUGAUAGAUGUGUAUGUUGCUGUUGACAGUGCUCCAAACGGACAGAACGUUGCUGGGGACAACCGGCCGCAGCCAAAUGGACGUCUAUCGCAGUACCGGAUUGGUGGUGGUAACUUAUUGCUGAUUUUCUUCCUGCUCUGGAUCAUGGGCGUACCGUUCAGCUAUCUGUGGAUAGCACUCAUGUUGUUCAGCUACCUUGGACUAGUCUAAGCAGGAAUCAAGUGACGCUGCUCACACAGUUCGAGUACUGCCGCCGACCAGCUAGUAGUGGAAUCAAGCGAACCCGUAUAUAUAAUUGAAUAGAUUUUGCCUCAACAUGCCUUUGCCAUUCAG